AGAUUGCUGAGAAUUUUAUUCCGAACACACAAAAAAAAAUAGAAGAAAAAAUCAUAAAACAUAAUGGUAAACUUUGUGUAUCCCGAGGAGCUGUAUUUGUUCGUGGAGAGCAUUCGCUGUUUCCAAGUGCGCGAAGUGGGCAACAGCAAGUGGCUGGAGGUGCACGAGAUGAUCAUCAAGCUGAGCCAGCAGGCGGCUCUCGAGGUGGCCGAGCAUCGUGAGGAGGAUGUCAAGGAGUUUCUCAUCUCCCGGGACAAGCUCUCCGUGCUCGUAAGUGAGGCACUCUGUGUGAAUCUGUGGAAGACAGGAGUGCUGCCCCAUCUGCUGGAGAUUGAUCCGAAUCCGCAGGCCACCUUUCUCAUUUACACGGUGAUGUACCAUGAGGCAGCUGUGGUGGCUCUGUUGGAUGUAUGCCUCUACCAUCCCAGUGGCUGUGAAUCGAUGCAGGAUUCGGUGCUGGAUUUGAUCGACUACUGUGCCCAGGCCGUUGCCCAGGUCAUUGGUUUGGUUGGCAUGGGCUAUCACGAGAACGAGACCAAGCUGGAUGUGGACGAGGCCGUGCUCACCGAACUGGAGCGCCAGAAGCGUGAUCUCAUCUAUAAGAUUGGACUGCGCUGUAUCUCCAUACUGAGCUACUUGGCCGACAAUGUGUCACUCUUCCACUUGGGUGCAGCUCGUCGCCUGGUUGUCACCCACGACAUACCCUGGCUAAUGGUCGAUGUGCUCUGCUUUCGGCCAUGGCAGCGCAAUACCAGCAAAGGAUUGCAGAAAUUCAUCGAUGAGAAAUGGACAAGCGUCGAGGAUGCGGCAAAGAUCUUAAAGACAGAAGCCCAAGCCUGGUUCUGUGUGCGCCAGCUGCUCCUCACUCAGCAGACACUCGACAACUAUCCCCUGAACGAGGCGCGCUGCAAGCAAUUAUCCAAGUUGCUGGGAAUGAUGCACGAGACACUGUUGGACCAGUUGCCUGUGCUGAUUGACCUGAAGCAGUUCAUCAGUCGAAUGACAAUCGCUGGAAAUGCGGGCAACAACAAGACUCCGAAUCUAAUCUUGGAGGAUAUACCCCAGAUAAAGGACGAGCUCACCAAAGAGGUGGAACGCGAGGGGGGCUUCUACCAUGUGGCACAGAGCCAGGAUGCCAUCUUCCUGAACAACAACCGGGAAGAGAUUUGCGCACUGGCCACCAAAUUGGCCAGCGCCUAUGGCACGGAUCUCUUGUGUGAACUGGAGCAAAUCAUGGCCGAUUUGGAUGUGCAGAAGCCAGAAAUCAAAAAACCAGAACAAGAAAGCGCCGACGUCGAUGCCGAUGACCAGAAGGAGGAAAAGAUCUACAAAUGCGGCGCUUGCUACAAGGUGGCCAAAAAGAAAUGCGGCAACUGCAAGGAGAUGUACUAUUGUUCACGCGAGUGCCAACUGAAGGAUUGGCCCAGACACAAGGAGAGCUGCAAUGAUGUCAAGGUUGUCUAACUGCAAUUCUUAUUUUAUAGCAUUAAAGAACAUUCCAAAAAAUUAACGAACAGCUCGCUGCGUUUUUGGUUA